AUUCUCCCUUCUGGUUCCUACAGGGAGGAAGUGUUUCAGCGACGUACUUUGUAACUUGACUCUCCCUUCAGUAUCAUUGAUAAUUCGACUCUCCCUUCAGUAACAGUGUUGACUCUCUCUUCAGGUCACCAGACAGCAGGAUGGAGAGCAGAGAUCAACACAGAGCUAAGUAAACUGUGAUUUACAUCUGAAACGAGUCUCUCUGGAGAGAGAGAGGACGAGACCACUGCCUCUAAAAUGAGUCUCUCUGGGGAGAGAGAGGAGGGGACCACUGUCUCUAAAAUGAGUCUCUCUGGGGAGAGAAAGGAGGGGACCACUGCCUCUAAAAUGAGUCUCUCUGGAGAGAGAAGGGAGGGGACCACCGUCUCUAAAGUGAAUCAAGACACCAGUUCUGAGAGUGUCCAGAAGCCCAGAGCAGAGUCACCUACAACCAGCCUGCUAUCAAUGAAGUGUGAUCGGCCACCUGCUUUCAGCCAGGAACCAUUACCAGAUGACAAUAAGGAAGUGGAGAGUUUGGACAGUGAGGAUGUAUUAAAGAUCACACACAACCUUUUGGACAGAAGAAGUCAAACUCUGCUGACAGUCCAACAAGACAUUAAGGCUAAACUGAAACACAAGUAUCAACACAUAUCUGAAGGAAUUGGACACCAUGGAAACCAGAGUCUGUUCAAGGACAUCUACACAGAGCUCUACAUCACAGAGGGUGGAAGUGGAGGGCUCAAUAAUGAACAUGAGGUUAGACAGAUAGAGAUGGCAUCCAAGAAACGAACCACACAAGAGACACCAAUCAAAUGCAACGACAUCUUCAAGCCUUUACCUGGACAAGACAAACCUAUCAGAACUGUGCUGACAAAAGGAAUCGCAGGCAUUGGAAAAACAGUCUCUGUGCAGAAGGUCAUCCUUGACUGGGCAGAGGGAAAAGCAAAUCAGGAUGUUCAUUUCAUGUUUCCUCUUCCUUUCCGUGAUCUGAACCUGAAAAAGGACCAAUACAGUCUGAUGCAACUUCUUUCCCACUACUUCUCAGAGCUGAAAGAGAUUGACAGCAUUGAAGAUGGUGAAACCAAAACUGUUUUCAUUUUUGAUGGUCUGGAUGAGUGUCGACUUCCUCUAGACUUCAAAAACAAUGAGAAGUGCUGUGAUGUCACGAAGCCAACCUCAGUGGACGUGCUGCUGAUAAACCUCAUCAAGAGGAAUCUGCUUCCCUCUGCUCUCCUCUGGGUAACCUCAAGGCCUGCAGCAGCCAAUCAGAUCCCUCCUGAGUGUGUUGACCAGGUGACAGAGGUACGAGGGUUCAAUGAUCCACAGAAGGAGGAGUAUUUCAGGAAGAAAAUCACAGAUCAGAAUCUGGCCAAUGAAAUCAUCAAACACAUGAAGACAUCAAGGAUCCUCCACAUCAUGUGCCACAUGCCAGUCUUCUGUUGGAUAUCAGCCACGGUCCUUGAGAUGAUACUGAAAGAGGCAUGGAAGGAUGAUGUCCCCAAAACUCUGACCCAGAUGUACUCACACUUCAUACUCAUCCAAAUCAUCGUGAAGAACAGGAAGUACAACAAAGCCACAGAGACAAACCCAAAGGAACUGUCACAGUCAGACAAAGAGAUGAUCCUGAAACUGGCAAAGCUGGCUUUCCAACAGCUGCAGAAGGGCAACCUGAUCUUCUAUGAGGAGGACCUGAGAGAGUGUGGCCUUGAUGUCACAGAGGCAUCAGAGUACUCAGCAUUGUGUACAGAGAUCUUUAAAGAAGAAUCUGGGCUGUACCAAGACAAGGUCUACAGCUUUGUGCAUCUGAGCAUUCAGGAGUUUCUAGCAGCAGUGCAUGCUUUAGAAUCAUGUCUGGACAAGAAGGAAAAUGUUUUCUCCUCCACUAGUGACGAUGAGGAGAAGGAGUCAAUCAUAAAAGCAGUCACUAGUGAUGAUGAAGAAAAGGAGUCAAUCAUAAAAGCAGUCACUAGUUAUGAUGAAGAGAGGGAGUCAAUCAGAAAUGCAGUCACUAGUUAUGAUGAAGAGAGGGAGUCAAUCAGAAAAACAGUCACUAGUGAUGAUGAAGAGAAGUCAAUCAGAAAAUCAGUCACAAGUUAUGAUCAUGAUGAUUACUGUGAUUAUGGUGAUGAUGAUUACAAUCAUGAUGAAGAUGAGAAGGAUGAUGAAGAGGAGUCAAUCCAGUUGUCUGACUUACACAGGAGAGCAGUGGACCAGGCCUUGAAGAGUGAGAAUGGACACCUGGACCUGUUCCUCCGCUUCCUUCUGGGUCUCUCACUGGAGUCCAAUCAGAAUCUGUUACGAGGCCUUCUGACACAGACAGGAAGUACAACACAGACCAAUGAGGAAACAGUUGAGAGAACAGUCAGGUACCUUUCAGACAACAUCGAAAGGGAAUCCUCACCAGAAAGGAUCAUCAACUUGUUCCACUGUCUGAAUGAACUUGGUGCCAACUCUCUAGUUGAAGACAUGCAGACCUCCCUGCGAUCAGGAACUCUUUCAGAAACAAGACUAAAACCUGACCAAUGUUCAGCCCUGGCCUACCUGUUACUGAUGUCAGAGGAGGUGCUGGAGGAGUUUGACCUGAAGACAUACAACACAUCAGAGAAAGGUUAUCAGAGGUUGCUGCCGGUAGUGAGAACCUGCAAGAGAGCACUACUAGCUGGCUGUAAACUCACAUAUGAAUCCUGUGAGACUCUGGCCUCAGCUCUGCAGACACCAAAUUCCCCCCUGAGAGAACUGGACCUCAGCAACAAUGACCUGGAAGACAGAGGAGUGGAGCUGCUCUGUGUUGGACUAACCAGUCCACUCUGCAACAUGGAGAGACUAGUACUGGAUCACUGUGACCUCACAUAUGAAUCCUGUGAGACUCUGGCCUCAGCUCUGCAGACACCAAACUCCCCCCUGAGAGAACUGGACCUCAGCCACAACAAUGACCUGGGAGACAGAGGAGUGGAGCUGCUCUGUGAUGGACUAACCAGUCCACUCUGCAACAUACAGACACUAGUUUUAGGUCACUGUGGUCUGACAGAGGGUUGCUGUUCAGCUCUGGCCUCAGUCCUGAGUUCACCCAACUCACAACUGAAACAACUGGAGCUGAGAGACAAUGACCUUCAGGACUCAGGAGUUACACGGCUGUCUGCUGGACUGAAGGAUCCAGACUGUAAACUACACACACUGGGUCUAGGUCAGUGUGGUCUGACAGAGGGUUGCUGUUCAGAUCUGGCCUCAGUCCUGAGUUCACCCAACUCACAACUGAACCAACUGGAGCUGAAAAGCAAUGACCUGCAGGACUCAGGAGUUACACUGCUCUCUGCUGGACUGGAGGAUCCAGACUGUAAACUACACACACUGGGUCUAGGUCAGUGUGGUCUGACAGAGGGUUGCUGUUCUGAUCUGGCCUCAGUCCUGAGUUCACCCAACUCACAACUGAAACACCUGGAGCUGAGAGACAAUGACCUGCAGGACUCAGGAGUUACACGGCUGUCUGCUGGACUGGAGGAUCCAGACUGUAAACUACACACACUGGGGCUGUCUGGCUGUCUGGUCACAGAGGAGGGCUGUGCUGCUCUGUCUUCAGCUCUGAGGUCAAACCCCUCCCACCUGAAAGAGCUGGACCUGAGCUACAAUCACCCAGGAGACUCUGCAGGGGAACUGCUUUCAGCUGCUCUGGUGGAUCCCACAUAUAAGCUGAUGAAGCUGAAUGUGGAUCAUGGUGGAGAGUGCAGGCUGAAAUCAGGGCCGAGGAAAUAUGCCUGUCAUCUCACCUUGGACCCAAGUACAGCAAACCCAGACCUGAUACUGUCUGAGGGGAACAGGAAGGUGACACCGGUGGUGGAGGAGCAGCAUUAUGGAGACCAUCCAGACAGAUUUGACCGUUAUCGCCAAGUUCUCUGCAGAGAAGGCUUAUCUGAUUCUCGUUAUUACUGGGAGGUGGACUGGGAUGGUGGUGGGCCUGCUAUUGGUGUGGUGUACAAAGGAAUGUUGGGAAGGGCUGGCAUUUGUAUUGGACUCACCAGCAAUUCCUGGUGUAUGUACUGCUCUGACAGCGUUUAUGACUUUUACAAUGCUGGAGUCCGUAGUAGAUCCAUUCUUGGCCCUGUAUCUAGCAGAGUUGGAGUGUAUCUGGACUGGCCAGCUGGUACUUUGUCCUUCUAUAGUGUGUCCUCCUCUGGUACACUGACACACCUUUACACAUUCUACACCACGUUCACUGAACCCCUCUAUCCUGGAUUUGGGUUUCUUUUGUUGAAAACCUCCUCAGUGACCCUGUAUCAGAUCAACGACAUUCAAAGGUGAGGUCAUAGUUGACAAAGGGCAAAUCCUUGAAGUCGGAAGUCAACUAGCUUAAUGAUUGGUUUACCGGCCAGCAAUUAGCUUUCUGAUUGGUUACUUCACAUACAGUUGAAGUCAGAAGUUUACAUACACCUUAGCCAAAUACAUUUAAACUCUGUUUUUCACAAUUCCUGACAUUU